AGCCUAAAGAGAAUAGUUUUAUGAGUAAAACAUGGUUAAUUUCACUUUUUAAUACAUAAAUUACACACAAUAAUACAUCAGAUGUGAAUUUUGUAAACCAAUGUGUGCCAACCAAACACAUGGGCGACAACAAUUUCUAAUUUGCAAAAGAUGUAAACUAACUUUAGCAUCAUUGCUGUAGCUGUAGGCCUAGUCCUUAUUAAACAACGCAUGAUGGCAUAAUUAGCAUACAUUAGAAUGCAAACAUAAAUAUGAAUGAUUUAUUCAAUGGCCCAUGUUUUAAAUAACUGUAUAUAUGAAGCAGUUUCAUGUCUUUUUGAUGUUUUCAGAACUAUCAGAUGACAGCAAGCUCUGACUGCACCAUUUUUUGUAUCAUUUUAAAUAAUUAAAAAAAAAUCGAUAAAGACUUAAAUUAAAAAUAAUAAACUUAUAUGUACAAGUAUUGCACAACAUAGCUGAUCAUUUUACCUUCAAACUGGCAUAGAAAACUUCCCAACUACUGAUUAGUAGGCUACCAUAAAGCUUGUUGGGCUUCUUUUACAAUUGGUUGAUAGUCAGUCACGUGACUGAGGUGUUUGCGCUUACCUGUACUUGCAUCUGUGCGUGAAGUACUGAACACACAUUCAUACUCUUGACAGGAUCAACUAUGAGCAGAAGCGAGAGCGCGUGACUUAGUUUUUUUUUUUAUUAUUAAUAUAUAAUAUUUAUUUAACGUUGUUGUUUAAAAUAGUUGAACUAAACUUACUCAAUUACAAAAAGCCUGCGCAAAAGAAUUUUAAAUGCUGUUAAAAUUAACGCUGAGUUCAAGUAAUGGCACUUUCACAGGUUCAGUGCCUUGAUGACAAUCACAUCAACUUACGCACUAACGAGUCCAAGCCGGAGUUCUUUUACAGCGAGGAACAGAGGAUCGCACUGGAGACCCUCAUACAGGACGGACAGGACGCCUUUGAGGACUACAUCAAAACACAGAACAUCCGCUGCUUUUUAUCGGACCUUGAACUUGAGAGGAUUCUCAAUACUGUGGAGGUGUAUAGCCCGGGUUCCCACGACAAUGACGCUGAACUGUACGGGGAAAGUGAUGGGGAAGAGCUUUCCCUGCAGUACUGGCCCGACCGCUCGGACUACUCGAUCCCACAGUUGGACAUCGGGUGGCUGGACCGGGUGUCCUACCGCGGAGUGACGCGUGCCCAAGUGUACACUCAACCCCCUUAUGAGGGUCAGCCACAUAUUAAGGAGGUCGUUAGAAAAAUUAUCGGUCAAGCACAGAGGGUUAUUGCAAUUGUCAUGGACUUGUUCACAGAUAUUGACAUCUUCAAAGAUCUUCUUGAUGCAAGCUACAAGCGAAAGGUUGCUGUGUACAUUAUGCUGGAGGCCACCGGUGUAAAGCAUUUUCUGAGAAUGUGUGAGAAAGCAGGCAUGCACACUGGACACCUCAAGAAUUUGAGAGUGCGUAACAUCAGAGGGGCACAAUUUUUCAGUCGAUCCUCAAAGAGAGUGUGUGGAAGCCAAAGCCAGAAGUUCAUGUUUAUUGACGGAGACAAAGCAGUAUCUGGGUCAUAUAGUUUCACGUGGUCUGCCUCUAGAUUGGACAGAAACGUCAUCACUGUUCUCUCUGGCCAAGCAGUCGAAACAUUUGACGCAUUGUUUCAGGACAUGUAUGUGAUGUCUAAUGAAGUGUGCCUGAGCAAGAUUAAUCUGAUCAGUGAGCCUGAACCUGAGUUCCUCCCUCAGGCGGUACCAACUCUACUUCCCUCAGCAACCAAGGCACUCAAGCUCAUUAACCCAAAAUACACUCUGGUCUUUAACUGUGCUUUCACUACCAAUGGACCUAUAUCAGACCAGACAAGUGCCAAGAACAGCAUUUCCAAGAAUCAGACAGAAGUCAUCAAACAAAUUAAAGACACCCCAGUGGUGCCAUCUGUUCACCCGGGACUUCUAAACAUUGAAAAAGCGAACAUGAUCAAUUAUGUGCCGACCUGGCCUGAUCCUGACCCAACGAGUGAUGUCAUUGGUUUCAUUAACAUAAGAGACUCCAACAAGCCAUUGCAAGCUCACCUAAUGCGCUCAGAGCUCUUUGAAGUGUCUCAAGCUAUCCGAUUCAGCGAUCCUUUUCAUGAGCCAAAGGAGUCUAUAUAUCUGAGGGCUUGUCCUGGAAUCAUAUCCCAAACUCCCUCUGAUCCUGAAGCUCCAGCACAGAAUCAAACAUCAGGAGAAGCUCAGAAGAAUUUUGAUCCAAAUCAACAUCAAACAAGCAGCCGGAGUGAGGAUCUUAUCUUGCCUGUGGAUAAGCCAGAAACUCUGCAUGUGCUUGCCUGUCAUAAAGUUGAUAAAGAGGAACCGUGUGGAAUGGAAAAAGACAUCUUUGACAUCUCUACAUCUUUGCAGACUAAAAACAUUCACUCUCCCAAUGCAAUUGCGAAUGUGUCUUUUACUCAAGACGAAAGAGUCUCAGAUACAAAGCAAACCGUGGUUACUCCACAACCUCUGAAAUGUCCUGCUCAAACCUCUGAGGAUCUUGACAUUAAAUCAUCAUCAGGAGUGGACAACAAAUCUCAUUGUGACUUAUUUGCAGUCCCAGACACCCCUUUUGUUAAGCAAUGCCUUGAUGACCAAGUCUUAAUUGAUGUUGCCACUCAAGAACACAGAUAUACAAAACCAGAGACAAACCAAAAUGGCUGUUAUGGUACACAAAUGUCUAACUGUGAUUCCAGCAUCUCUUCAUUGUCUGAUGUAUACUAUGAUUGUUUUAGCCCUGUUGCUGACUUAAGGUCUUUAGGAGAUUUUUUUGUGGCUGAAAAAACACAAGAAUCUUUGCAUAAUGCAAUCAGAAAUGAUCAUCAAGAGCAGGAAUUUCCUCAUUCAAAUUCAUCCCCAACUCAAGAUCGCACAGAUUUGGAUCCUAAACAGACCUUGUUUACUCCAAAAAUUUUGAAAAGCUCUUGCAGUAUUGUCUUCAACUUCUUAUCUACAGAGUUCAAAACAACAAAUGCAACUUCCGAAACCACCUUUGCCCAAGAAAGUGACAAAGUUCUCACAAUAAAUGAUAGUAGACUACCAGUUAAAGAUAGUGAAAUCAGAUAUUUCUCACAGACUCCUAAUGGUUGCUUCAACGUCUCUUCAACUUCAGAGGAAUACUUUGAAUGCAAUGACACACUAGGUUUGAAUCCAAAUAUUAAUGGUAUGGAUCAUGAGAAACCAAGCUCAGUUGAGGACUUCAGCCUGAAUGAACCUCUGGAAAUACUGGAAGAUGAGAAACUAUUUGAGGUAAGCUGUCAGAGCAUGAAAGAAAAAGAUGAACCUAAAAUGGAUUCUGGACAGGAGCAGCCUGAAUUUCAACACAUACUAAAAAUAACAACUGACAGUCACCUAGUGGUAGAUGAAAUUAAGGCAGUUUUAGGGUCUGAGGAUAUUACUCAAACUCAACUGAAUAAGAAAAAUCACAGACACAAAAAACAAGUGUCUGAAGUUACCUCAGAGCCAGUAGUAGAAAGCAAAUCAAUAAGUAAUUGUUUACAAGAACAUAAGAUAAGUGCAUUUCAGGAGAAAUCAGAGAUACAGAACAAGGCAGAAUCUGCCGAGAAAGUAAAAAAAGACUUAAAACUUGAUGCAAGUCUAGAUUUAGUGUGUGAGGAAUCACUCCGAGACUUACAAUCUGACAUAAGUCUGCAUUUAAUAUGUCAGGACUUACAAUCUGAGGUAAGUCUAGAUGUAAACUGUAUAAGACAGUCUGUAAAGUUAGCUGAGACAACUGCAAAACUGCAACUGCAGGAUUUACAACCUGAGGUAAGUCUAGAUUCAGUAUGUGAGGGACAAUCUGCACACUUACUAGAAACAACAACUAUACCGCCACAACAGGACCCACAGUCCGAGGAAAGUCCAUAUUUAAUACUCAAACCACAUUUGGGAACAGGCAGUGAAUCUAGAAGCUCAAUACUGCAAGUUAAAGCAGAUAUAACUUCUGUAAUUCCAGAGGAGACCAGGGUAACAAAGUCUGUAGAGUUGCCUAAGAGUGAGGAACUGCCAAAUCCAAUGACUUAUUUAGAUUCUGGAUCAAAUCAUCCACCCAACCUCAAAUCUGAAGAGCACUUACGGCUGCAGAAUGAUGAGGCCAGUCCAGCAGUGUUAAAGAUAAACUCUGAGGAGCACAAUCCUCAAGAGAAACUGCCUGAACAGUUUGAAACCAUUGUGCUGUUGAUAUUAGAGGAUUCGGACCCCCAAGAGACAGAGCGGAACAGUUCUGAUCCCAUAAGACCAAGAGCUGCACUGAGCAAAGAAACAAAGUUCAGCAAAACAGAGCCUAUUGAACCAAAAACGGCAAAUGAUAGAAAACGUAAAGAAAAUAAGAUUGGUCAUGAUGUUUACAGUAGGAACCCAUCAGCUCUGGUUGAGAAGAAACAAGAAGGGGAACAUAUUUGUACAAGUCAAAUGAACAAGAUCCUGCCAGAGGCUAAAUCCAAGGAGUGUCUGAUUAGGAAGCAACCACAUCAAAAAUCAUCCAGAAUUCCUAUUCAAGCAAGAGGAGGGUUAACUAAGUUAACUACCAGCAAAGCAGACACUCGCUCAUUCAGGCUGCAAGCUCCUAAAGCUGGCUUGCAUAGCAAGCUGCCAUCACUUGGAAAACCACGGGGGCAAAAUAAGCCUAGCCUUACAUUAUUUCCAUCUCCUGAAGAAUUGUCCACUGGAGGAAUCGCUCCAGUUAGGUCAACACUAAUUCCCCAGAGACCCCCUCGCACAGUCCCCUCACCAAACAGUCCCAUCUCUCCCCAAAAACAGCCUCAGGUCCAGCUGAUUGCACCUAGGAUCAGGCAGUCAGACCAGCAAAGCGUUUCCAGGAAACGUUCUGCAUCCAUUACAAAAUAUAGCUGCUCUUCUUCCGGAAUUGUAUGUCCAGGACAAGUAAAGAAGCAGGCGUUUAAAGGGUCUCCACCAAGCAAGCAACUAGAAUAAGGGAACAAAGUGCAGUUCGAAUUUAUGGUUCAUACUGACUUCAUAAAUUAUAAUGAUGUUCAAUAGAAAUCAAAAAGCCACUGUUACUUUAGUAGUUAAUUGAGUUGUUUUAUUCAUUCCAUUUAGCAAACAGCAUUUCGCUCCUCUACAAUGCACUCAAGCUAACAGGGUUUUCCCUAUACAAACAGGUUUUUCUAAAGUGAACGUUUUAUGUAAAUUGCCGACACAGACUUUUAGAUAAAGCUUUAUGAUUGUCCCUAAAGCUGUUAAUAUGUAAAUCCUUUAUUUUUCUUACAUUCAGUUUAUUGUAAAUGAUCAAUUAUGGACCUCAUUAAAUCAUCACAAAUAGUUCACCAUUUGCAUUACAUGUUAUUUCUUGAUUCUUUUAUGGGCUGAUUUUAGUUAGUUGGCAUACUAAAGGAAAUGGAUAUGAGUGUUACUCAUUUAGAUUGAGGUCAAAAAACCCCAGACUGUACAAACGCAUAUAUUGAAUUAUUGAAACAGACCUUCGAGUUCACUUGAUUAUGGCUGGACUUUAUUCCCUUAUUUAAUUAUAUGAAAACGCUUUACCAAUCGUUGCUACUUAUUGAAGCAGAUUCAAACAUGAUUUAACCUUAUUACACACCAUAACCUCAUUCAGUUUGGCUACUUUUUUAAGUUAUUCUUAGGUGGCCUGGGUCUGUCAGUCUUCUUGUGGUGUCAGCCACCAUCUUUAUCCCAAUGUAAUUUUCCGGAAACUCCAGAUUUAAUCACAUAUAAUUUAUAGUUCAAGUGAAAAACAGUUGUGUGCUGAGCCUGAACUAAGAGCACACAUGCAAAGAUGGGCCAGACAAGCAACUGCCACUGAGACGAUAAGGAUGCUAAUGCUAACAGAUAUCUUAGUCCAUGUAAU